AUGGAGAAUUCAGAUUGGUGCAAACAGAUCAAAUUCCAUCUUGGGGUUUUAGAUCUUGAUGUUGCACUUUACUUUGAAAAGCCAACUGUUAUUACUGAAGCUAGCAGUGAUGAAGAAAAGUCCUAUUAUAAGUACUGGGAUCGGUCUAACAGAUUAGGCCUAAUGUUCAUGCGAAUGAAUAUUGCGGGCAAUAUUAAGACUACUCUUCCCAAAACUGAAAGUGCAAAAGAACUUCUGAAAAUUGUGGAAGAGUCUUUCCAAACUGCUGAUAAGUCUCUUGCUGGGACACUAAUGGUUGGGAGUCUUAUGUAUGCCCAAAUAUGUACAAGACCAGACAUCAGUUUUGCUGUUGGAAUGCUGGGUCGAUAUCAAAGUAAUCCUGGAAUGGAUCACUGGAAGGCUGCAAAGAAAGUGUUGCGAUACUUACAAGAAACGAAAGAUCAUAUGCUCACUUAUAGAAGAUCUGAUAAUCUAGAUGCGAUUGGAUAUUUAGAUUCAAAUUAUGCUGAUUGUGUGGAUACAAGAAAAUCUACAUUUGGAUAUUUGUUUCUGUUAGGUGGAGGAUCAAUAUCAUGGAAGAGUGCAAAGUAG